ACACUGGACGUCUAGCAGACGCGGCGAGACGGCGGACUGAAGGGCUACAGCACCGGCAGACCACGGAACGCCGCGGAGGCUACCAGCUGGCGGGCGCCAUCUUGCCAGUUUCUCCGGCCGCCGCGGCCCUCCCAGGUGGGCUGGGGAGGGGAGGGGAGGGGAGUACAGCUGCCCCCCCCCCUCCUCCUUGAUGCAGGCCGCCGUAUAAGAGCCGCGCGCGGGGCGCAGUGUCUGAGACACGGUCAUGGCGCGGUGCGCGAUGGGAGUUAUCUUUCUGUGCGUCGCCGCUGUCUGCCUGCACGUCGCGGCCGCCUACCACAACCCCUACGUGCGCGUGAAGCGGCAGGAGGAGGUGGUGGUGAAGAAGGACGAGAGCUUCGAGCAGGAGCUGUGCAAGGACAAGGAUGCCGGCGAGUGGUUCCGCCUGGUGGCGGGCGAGGGAGACAACUGCCGCGACGUCAUCCAGUGCACGUCCUCGGGCCUGCAGGCAAUCAGGUGCCCGGCCGGACUGUACUUCGACAUCGAGAAGCAGACCUGCGACUGGAAGGACGCCGUCAAGAACUGCAAGCUGAAGAACAAGGAGCGCAAGGCCAAGCCGCUGCUCUUCACCGACGAGCCGCUCUGCAAUGACGGGUCGCUGGCGUGUGGUGAUGGCAACUGCAUAGAGAGGGGGUUGUUCUGCAACGGCGAGAAGGACUGCUCGGACGGCUCGGACGAGAACACUUGUGACAACGACAACGACCCCAACAGGGCGCCGCCCUGCGACCCCGCCGUGUGCGUGCUGCCCGACUGCUUCUGCUCCGAGGAUGGCACCACCAUCCCGGGCGACCUGCCGGCCAAGGAGGUGCCGCAGAUGAUCACCAUCACCUUCGACGACGCCAUCAACAACAACAACAUCGAGCUGUACAAGGAGAUGUUCAACGGCAAGCGCAAGAACCCCAACGGCUGCGACAUCAAGGCCACCUUCUUCGUGUCGCACAAGUACAGCAACUACUCGGCCGUGCAGGAGACCCACCGCAAGGGACACGAGAUCGCCGUGCACUCCAUCACGCACAACGACGACGAGCAGUUCUGGAGCAACGCCACGGUGGACGACUGGGCCAAGGAGAUGGCAGGCACGCGCAUCAUCGUCGAGAAGUUCGCCAACAUCACCGACAACUCCGUGGUGGGCGUGCGCGCGCCCUACCUGCGCGUGGGCGGCAACAACCAGUUCACCAUGAUGGAGGAGCAGGCGUUCCUGUACGACUCGACCAUCACGGCGCCGCUGUCCAACCCGCCGCUGUGGCCCUACACCAUGUACUUCCGCAUGCCGCACCGCUGCCACGGCAACCUGCAGCACUGCCCCACGCGCAGCCACGCCGUCUGGGAGAUGGUGAUGAACGAGCUGGACCGGCGCGAGGACCCGCAGUUCGACGAGUACCUGCCCGGCUGCGCCAUGGUCGACUCGUGCUCCAACAUCCUGAGCGGCGACCAGUUCUACAACUUCCUCAACCACAACUUCGACCGCCACUACGAGAAGAACCGCGCGCCGCUGGGGCUGUACUUCCACGCCGCCUGGCUCAAGAACAACCCCGAGUACCUGGACGCCUUCCUGUACUGGAUCGACGAGGUGCUGUCCAGCCACAACGACGUGUACUUCGUGACGAUGACGCAGGUGAUCCAGUGGAUCCAGAACCCGCGCACCGUGUCCGAGGUGAAGAACUUCGAGCCCUGGAGGGAGAAGUGCGCGGUGGAGGGGCGCCCCGCCUGCUGGGUGCCGCACUCGUGCAAGCUGACCAGCAAGGAGCUGCCCGGCGAGACCGUGAACCUGCAGACGUGCGUGAGGUGCCCCAACAACUACCCCUGGGUCAACGACCCCACGGGCGACGGCUUCUUCUGAGCCUCCUCCCCCUGCUCCCCCUGGGACAGUCAUCACCGUCUCUCUGUGUGCGAGCCCAAGUCGCGGAACUUUCUUGUGAGCGAGCUGUGAAUCCGGGGAGGCGUGGCCCGUGUCACCCCCGUGUCACCCCCGUGUCACCCCGUGUCACCCCCGUGUCACCCCCGUGUGACACCAGCAGUCCCGCUGCGUCGGGGGCAGCCCUGACCCCGCUCCUGCCGACGACGCGAGUGUUUUUAUAUUAUGUAUUGUAUCGUGACGCGGCCGCCCUGCGCGGCUGAAGAGCGCGGCACAACAGCCCUCGUCUCUCCCACUCCUGCGGCCCGCCGCAGUCUGUAAAAUACCUGUUUUGACAAGUUUUAAAUAAAGCGUGCUUGUAAAUUAAA